ACACUGGGCACACUGUUUUGAUAAGAAUUCGAUCAGUUAUUAUUGUUUUUAUGUAAAAAUGCAACAAUUUCUAAAAGGACUUCCCAAAGUAGAACUUCAUGCUCACCUCAACGGCUCCCUGGGCAUAGAAAGUUUGCGUGAUCUUGGCGAGCGGUUGUAUGGAUCCACAUCCCACAAAUUGUUGGAGCUGAGCGCGCUUCGAUUUCAAAAGAAUUUGGAUGCAUGCUUUGUCUUUAAAUUUAUCCACGAACUGACAUCCACAGCGGAAGGACUGCGAUUCGCCACAGAGUUGGCCGUACGGGAUUUCGCCCAGGAUAACGUGCAGUAUGUGGAACUGAGGACUACUCCCAAGGAGAACGAGAACUAUUCACGCAGGGAUUACCUGCAGAUCGUGAUCGAUGCGAUCGAGAAGGCAAAGGAAAAGUAUCCGGAUACACUAGUCAAACUUCUUCCCUCUAUUAACCGAACGGAACCGGUAGCCGUGGCUGAGGAAACCGUUUCCCUGGCUGUGGAGUUGGCCCAAUCCCGUUCAGAUCUUAUUGUAGGGAUCGAUCUGAGCGGUAACCCAGCUCAUGGAAAGUUCUCCGACUUUGCUCCCAUUCUAGCCAGGGCUCGUGAAAAGGGUCUUAAGCUAGCUAUACACUGUGCGGAGAUUGACAAUCCUUCAGAAGUCAAGGAAAUGCUGCAGUUUGGAAUGUCCCGCUGUGGACAUGGCACUUUUUUGAGCCCCGAGGACAUUGUUCUGCUCAAACAACGGAAUAUUCCCAUCGAAUGCUGUCUCACGAGUAAUGUUAAAUCGGGAACAGUGCCCAAUUUGGAGGAGCAUCACCUGAAAAGAAUCAUGGAGGCGGAUGCACCAAAGGUUAUUAGCACAGACGACAGUGGAAUAUUUGACACCACUUUGACGCAGGAGUUUCUGCUGGCUGCAGAAACCUUUGGGCUAACACAUAAGCAAUGCAUUGAACUGACCCUGGAGGCAGUGAAUCAUUCGUUUGCCAGCGACCUGGAGCAAAAGGAGAUGGCGGAAAGGGUGGCUAAAUACGCGGCCACCUUGCCGAUAUAGAGGAAAACGAAGACAUCCCUUCCGAAAAACUGAUUCUGACGCUUAAGAUCAAGAUCAAAAUACUCCGAUACUACAAAUGUACAUAAGACCAAGCUUAAAACCUAAAUUGUAUUUCCAAUUAAAAUACAAAAUAAAAUUAAGAUUAAAAUUGUUCCAAAAUGUGCAGUCCAUGGGCAACCGAAAUUUUUAACCCAUUCUGAUUCUGGCUUUCAGUCCACUUGUAUUUUUCUGUUAAAAAUAAAGAAAAGAAAGAUAUGUCGA